CCCAAGUCCCAAGUCCCAAGUCCCAACCUCAAAUACCUCAACACAAAACAAAACAAGACAAGACUUGCCCCACAAAUCAGCUACAACAAAAAUCCAUUCACACUUUCCCCGCUCAGGCUUGCAAAGCUUUAUGGGCUUAUAAUAGCAUUUGGAUUUCAUUUAUUUUUAAAAUACACAUAAACACACGCAUCAGUAUUAGCAAAACCUGUGCUCUCACGCUAUUUCAUUUUCAGCCACUGCAUUUAGCUUUUCGGAGGAGUAUUGUGGCUUCCCUUAGGGGCCUCUCCUUGUUUCUUGAACCACAAGUGUUGGACGAAAUGCCUGAGCCAUGCUCUCCUUCACUGUACCUUCUUGCCGUUUCCUUGUUUCAAGAGAUUUGAAUCUUUUCCCCACCUUUCCGUCCCUGGUUUUCUUGAUUGACCCAGGAAAGGUGAGACAGAGAAAGCAGUUUCGGCGGCUCAGAUUGGCGGGGACGAGAAGGAUUGGGUCUUUGGCGAGAGGGGUUGUGAGGCGGUGUCAAGAGUGGGAGAGCGAAGGGGAUUGGGGGUUGGAGGAGGAGAUUUUGGAGUUCAUGAAGAAAUCUGAGAGACCAGAGGCGUUUCCCUCCAGGAAAGAGUUAGUUGAUGGUGGGAGGAUGGAUUUGGUGGAGGCUAUUGUUGAGAAAGGUGGGUGGUUAUCCUUGGGUUGGGAUUUGGAUGCUGAGGAAGGGGUGCUUGAUGAUGAUGAUGAUGGCCGCCAUGUUACUGAUUGGGAUUUGAUUAUGCGGAAAGCAAAUGAUGGCGAUUUGGUCUGUGGCGAUGGCGGUGGUGAAGCCAAUGAUUUGGAGGUAGAUGAAAUUCGUGUUUCGGGGCUUUUAGAGGCCGAUUCUUCUGAUUUGGAUUCAGCUUCUUCAUCUGGUAGAUCACUAGAAGUAGCAGCUGAGGAUAAUACAGGGAUUGAGGGCAUAUUGAAAGGAUUGGAGACACAUAGAAAUGUGACUUUUGGUGUAGGCAUGAGAGAGAAAGGAAGUGGGAGCAUCUUAAUUAACAACAAUGGAGAUGAUUGGCAUUCUGGAAAUUCAACAAGUGCGGGCAGCUCUGGCCUUGGAAAAAUCAGCAGACAGGCAUCAUCCAUUCACAACAAAGGCAUGAUCAAAGAUUCAGGGGGGAAACAUAGUCAGAUGAGAUCUUUUUCAGACCUUGAUGGUUUAGGCAACUCACUUAAGUCUGAAAUGUGGAGAACCUGGGGUGUUUACAGGGCAGGAUUUUCAGUAAUGGAUGUUGAAGCUGCUGAAAUUGCUUGCAACGAGGCUAGAAUGGAAGAGGUGAUUGAUAUUUCAAAAGAUGAAAUACUUGCAAUAUCAGAGGGGCAUGAUAUUUCAAAAGAAUUGAACUCUCAUGGUAAAGAAGUCAACCACAGGGAGAUACGAAGUCGCCUUCAAGAUAUGGAGUUGGAGCUUUCCUCUAUACUUAGGGCAUUGAAAUCCACCAGUGACGGAAUUGUUCCACUGGGAAAUACAAGUUCCUCUGAUGAUUUGCAGAAGCUUUCUGAUGCUUUGGAGUUCCAGGAAAAUGAGAUCAUGAAUUCCCAGGACAUUUUGCGGUCAUUACGAGCAAAGUUGGCAGUAGUAGAAGGAAAGAUGGCCCUAGCCAUAAUUGAUGCACAAAAGCUGGUGGAAGAGAAGCAGAAGAGGAUUGGUGAUGCUCAUAGCACUCUACAACUUCUUCGUUCUGCUUGCAUAGUUUGGCCUAAUUCAGCUUCUGAGGUUCUUUUGGCAGGAUCUUUUGAUGGUUGGACCACCCAGAGAAAGAUGGAGAGAUCAAGUCCAGGGAUUUUUUCAUUGUGCCUCAGAUUGUAUCCGGGUAGAUAUGAGGUGAAGUUCUUUGCAGAUUUAGUGAUGAUUCUAUAUCAUAGGCUGUGCUUUCUGAAGAAUGACAAUUUCAACCAUCCUAAAAUAUGUUACAGAUCAAGUUCAUUGUCGACGGUGUAUGGAGGAUUGAUCCCCUUCGCCCACUUGUUCACAGUGAUGGAUACGAGAACAACCUGCUUAUUAUUACAUAAGACUGCACAAAGGGGCAUCUAACACUGGGUUUCUUUUUAUAUCAUAUGAUUAUUUCCCCUUCAACAGCUAGUUUUGGUAGUAUUUCUUUUCCUUCAAAUUUUUGCAUAGUUUUGUAUUCGCAUGUUCUUUUUACCAUUUUUUUUUGGAUAUUCAAGGUGAGCUUUCCUGUUAUGUAUUGCAGUUUAACUCCUAAAGGUAAACAACCGUCUGUU